CAUACAGACAACGCAGAUUUUGUCAAAUGGGUUAUGUUAAACCAGAUAUAAUUUACGCACAUAUGGAACAAUAUAUUUGCUUAAUGAUCGCAUUAAACGUGAAACUUGGAGUAGCAACUAAGAACCGUCCUGUCCUAUGCAUCAAACACCAAAUGAUAUAUUACAUUGACUCAUUUUGUAAACCUAAAUCUGUGUUUUCUAUUCAUUAUCCUGACUGUCUGUAUUUUACUAUUACAUCUAAAACUGCCUUACUGGCUACCAUCCCCCCCCCCCCGUAUAUUUGUUUUAUAUGCAAGAUUUGCAACUGACUUUAAGGGGGUAGUUCAUAUACUUCCUGCGCGACGUAUCGCCGGUUGAUUGUGACGUCAGAUUGCUCUACCUCAUAAAUUAUCUUGCGAAUCGUUCAUCCUUUCAUUCUUUGAAGUUAUCUUCAUUGGACAGGGUGUGUUCUCGUAAGAGAUUCGCAAAUAGUUCGCAUUUUUAAAAAUAAAUACAUUCUAGGUAAUUUUUCACGUCAGUUGACUAAUUUCGGCGCUGUUUCAGCGCUCGCCAACAGUAGCUUUCGAUUCGGCCUGAAGAAUCGAAAGGCUUCCGUUUUGGACGUCUUCGGUUAACCGCCGCUUGAGGUAAGACAUUGAAUUGUGUUAGACUUUGCUUUUAAAGAGUAACUACUGCAUUUAUUUGAAUUAAAUAGUUGUUAUUUUAUAUUUCUUUUGACAUUUCACUAAAAGUAAGUUCUGGCGUGCAAGCGAUAUUUACAGAACCUCAAAACCCCUGUUUAAUGAAAUUAAUUUGCUCCUACUUUUUUGCAGGAAUGGAGAGCGGGUGUAACGGCGAAAGAAACGGCGAAAGAAACGGCGAAAGAAACGGCGAAAGAAACGGCGAAAGAAGUGGCCAAAGCCAAGACAAUCAGACUGAACAGUCGAAUGCACCGAUUCAAGGGUCUUUCGUGUUUGUUCCACGGCUAGAACUUGACUUGAGCAAUGACGACAUUCAGUUAGAUGUCUCGACUGAGCCUAACUCGCCAUGUGAAAAGCGUCAUUCGACGGGAAGGAGCAAUGUUGGUGACAAACCGAUAACAAACUUUGCUCAUUUUAACGCUACGAAAAUUCCAGACAAAGAAUGCUCCAUUGAAGAGCAGAUGAUAGCCAAGCUUGAAAAAAGCUUGGUUGUAUCAAAGAAGAAAGGGAAAGAAAAAGGCAACAUGAAAAUGGUGGAGGAAAGCACGACAAAAUAUGGAGGAGAUGAUAGGGUUGUUGUGAUUCUUCACCAUUUGAAAUUUGUGCAGACAUGGAAUGCCAACAAUCAAGGUCGCUUCAAUGGCGCCAUAGUACCUCUGCAAGGGGGAAAUGGGCUGAGCAAAUGGUGGCAAAGAAGGCCUAGAGUUUCCAGAAAGGAAAUUCUUAAAAUCAGUUUUCUCUUGCUAGAGAAAUAUCAUAAUCUUUUCAAUGCAAAGUUGGAAGAAGUUUCUAUCAUCACUGAGGAACUUUUAACUGAGAAGAAAAACAGCAAAGGCUUCCACUUCAAAAUUGCUAGAUAUGAAAGAGAGAGAACUGAGCUGAUUAUGGCUGUGGAAAAACUGACAAUCGAAAAAGAGGAGAUACAAGAGAGUCAUGGAAGAGAGCUUGAGAAUUUCAAGGCAGUCACUUUGGAGAAAGAAAAAACUCAUUUGCAGAACAUUGACGAUAUAAAUAAGGCCAUGGAUGACGUGAAAAGGAAGUGGCAAGAAGAAGUAGAUGUGAUCAAAGAAAGCAGGGAAAAGGUAUCGGAAAUGAACGAAGCUAAAGUUGCUGAAAUUAAACGAGAGAAAGAAGGAGAGCUCGAGUUGUUACAGCGAGAACUGGAAAAAACUGCAAUCGAGAAAGAUGAAACGAAGCAUCAAUAUAAAAAGCUUGUUGAGAAAUACAAUGAGCUCAAAUCUGCCAAGGACAAAGAGAAAGAGAAAGAGAUCGACAGGUUAAAGUAUGAAUUAAGACUUAAAAAGGAGGAGAACAAGACACUUGUGGCGGGAAUGAAGCAUGUAAAGGAAAAUUUUCACUUAAAGGAAAAUAAGAUGGAAUUGGAAAUUAGAAAUCUUCGUGAAGAGCUCGUUCUUAGGGAACAACAACUGAAUGAAAUGAAUGACAGAUUUGGAAAUCAGAUUCGCAUUGCUCGUCUUUGUGAAAAGACCGGUUUGGAGAAGGAAGCAGUAGAUGACACACAAAACAGCAAUUAUAGCCACAAUGUUGAAAAUAACUGGAGUAAUGAGAACAAUAAUGAGUAUUCCAAAGAAAAGACAUGCAACUGUUGUACCAAGGAAUCAGAGAAGCAUACGGCAAGUAAUUCUUGCGUGAAACACGAGCAUUUCUUAGAUGCAAUCAUGCCAGGAGAACCUUCAGACAGCGGGAAACUAAAAGCAUUUGCCUUUUUGAAAAUUGAAGAUGUAUGGCAAGAGCAGAUAGCUUGUCAUGAGAGCAAUGUCGAAAAGCUUAAAGAAUUGCAAAGAUUGCGAAAGAAUUUGAUCAGCAGUAGAGAGGAGUUAGAAAGAUCGAUACAAGAGAACGUGAAGCUGAAGGAGUCUGUUAUCAAGGAAAACGCUGCUAUGGAGAAGCGUUUAAAGGUAUUGAUAAAGCGACAAUCAUAUGAAAUGAAUAAGAAAGAGGAAGAAAUAGAAAAUCUGAAGCUAGAACUGGUUGAUCAGAAAAAUAAUGCAAGAAAGUUGUCAAAAGAGUUAACAAAGAAUAUGAUGAUUCAGAAAUACAAAGACGAAGAGAUCGAGCUGCUGAAUGCAACAGUAAAAGCAGAAAAUAAUGACGAAUAUUGCAUUGUUACCUUAGAAUCCAUGACCAGCUUUAGAAAACAUAUUGAGAAACUUAGGCACGAAAAUAAUAACUUGCUGAGUUACUGUGAUCGAGUGGAGGAGAAAGUUAGUGAGACAAAACGAGAGUUAGACCUAACAAGAAAACUUGGCAGUGAGUUGAGCAUCAGGGAGAUGGACUCACAAAAGAUCUGCAAAGAGCUGAUGUCAGAAGUUGAUGCCAAGAAUCAGAUGUUGAGGACUUUGAAAGAGAAGAUGAGAAAAUUGCAUCACAGUUACGAAGAAGUUAAAGAAGAGGCAGUGGACAACAGGUAUGAAUUAAGUAGUGUCAGUGGAAAGCUGGCAAAGAUGCAGAAGAAGAUGAUAGACAUUGAGGGUGAAAAGAAGCAGCUUGAAGAGGUGAACUCAAAAUUGGCAAAGGAUUUGGCACAGACUGGCAGAGAAUUGCAGAAGUCAGUUGAUAUUGUGUGCCAACUGAAAAUCCGAUAUGAGCAUGUUGAAGAGCAAUUCAAAGAAAAAGAAGACAAGAUAAAUGACUUGUCAAAUGAUCUGGUUUCCAAGAUAAAGGAAAUCAAAUGCCUCGUUGAAGAGAUUGACGAAAAAGAACAUGAAAAUGUCAAAAUGCGAAAGCAGUUGGAAGAAUUAAAUGUCGAGAAGGAAUCUGAAAUGAUGAAGCGUGAAAAGUGCAAGGAGGAGCUGGAUCGUUUGACAAGCCAACUGGAGAUUGCUUUAAAGAACGUUGAAAGUGAAAGGUUCGCCACCGAGGGUAAGCAAAGAGAAAUUCAGAAAUUGAUGAGUGAGGUUGAGCAGCUCUCUGAGAUUGCACGAGAUAACCAAGAAAUCGAAGAAGUCAACAAAAAUAUAUUAAAACUUGAAAAUAAAUUGUUACUUCUUGAAAACGAGAAUCACGGUUUAAAGCACGAAAAUCAAAAAAUGGAGCACGAGGUAAAAGAAUUCGAAAAUAAAGUGGAGACAUUGAAAUCACAAGGAGAAUUGGCUGGUGGUGAGAAUAAGAAAUUAUUUGACGAAAUAAAAACUAAAGAGAGUGAAUUGGCAGAAAAGGGAAAGCUGAUAAACAAACUUGAAAGCGAGCUUCGAAAGUUUCAGAGAUCCGGUGCACCAGUCCAGGCAAAAGAGCAGCAGCGCAAGAGCAGCGUGUUUCCUUGGGAAGACGAAGAACUUGAAGUGUCGCCGGAAAAGGACACUGCCAAUAAACCGUUGCCACAGAGAAGAACAUUUGCCCAGGGAGAUGGAAUCAAGUCAACAAAGGAGACUGGGCAGAAAUCAGGCCAAGGAAGCAGGGCUGCCAAGAAGGACACUGAAGUGAAGAUGUUUUCUGACGAAGACGAAGAUUCCUUGGACCUCGCCCCGAGUUACGUGCCUUCAUUCUGUCAGAACCGAGGCAGCGCCGGUGGUAGUAAGCCUGAACAGCCAAAGAGCAAUAAACCAAGCUGGCUGCAAGACUCAGUUCAAGAUUCGCAAAGAAAGAAAAACGCACCAGCAAAAGGUGGCAAAGAAGAUGAUAUCUUUGAUUCGAUUGAUGAUUUAUUGCCAAUGGGCAAAAAAACAACAAAUGCGCCCAGAGAAAGUGGGAACCACGAGGCGAAUACAAAGAAAUCUGGUCGACGCAGUGACGACUUGUUCUUCUUGAGUGAUGAAGGAGAUAAUUUAGCACAGAAAAAAAACGAAGGCAAUGGAAACAGCAUCGCAGGAGGAAGAAGAAAUGAACCGAAGAACAGAAGAAGGGGACAGAGUGGUGAAGAUGCAGCGGAUGAGUUGAAAAGACUGGUUGGCUUCUAGAUAAGCGCAAUCGUUUUGAAAUGAGCAGAACUUUGAAAAAUAUUCUAAUUGACAUUGAAAUAUCAGUUACUAACUGCUUUUGUGCAGAAAUAUUUGUAAAUUUAUUACUAUCUAUUUAUUCUCAAUAUUUGAAAUUUGAAAAACGUUAUAGCCUUUUGUGUUUUAUCCUGCAUCUUACUUCAUUUGGUGAGAAAAAUGUUUACUGAAAGUAUUAAUCUAUACUUUAUAUGACACUAUGAAUGGAUUACAUAAAAUACUAGCAUUUGAAAUCCUCAAUUCAUUUCUUCAAAUGAAGCAGUGGUCCAAAUCAAGAGGCAAGUCACAGCAUAGAUAAAUUUGUGUUGAUUUGAAUCAAUCCCAUAUGAUUAAAUAC